CUCUGAUUCACUCACCUCACACAGAGAGCAGAGAGAGGACAGAGGACAGAGGACAGGACAGGACAUGAAUCAGUCAGUCAGCCUAUAUAAACCGUCUCACCAUUACGCACGAGGAACGCUGCCGAGCUCACGAAGAGACCUUUAAAAAAAAAAAAAAGCCGUCGGUUAAUCGAUUAUGUUUUAAACAAAUCGACUUGUUUUGUGUAUGAACGUGCAGGAUCGCUGACGUCCACCUGUUUAACAACAAAAAGGGGGAAAGGAUCACGAGACCCUGCGGUUCACCUGAGACGCACGAGGACAUCGUUUGCAUGAAACUGUGGCCAGAUAAAAGCAGUGGAUGCAACUACGCUCCAUCUAUAGGAGAAAGGUGGAAGAGUGGGACAGGCUCUGAAGAGGACCAGCCGACCACCUCAUCUAAACUUGCCUCCAAGCCCAGCCUGAAACCCACCAUGUCUCUCAGCACUUUCCACCUCAUGCAGACCCUUAAGAACUCCCCCGCCGCGCUACGUCGCCGCUUUCGCCGCGACCGCACGGAGUCUUUGUCCCACGGUGACCCUCUCUUCAAGGUCCACUACCUGGGCACGGAGAAAAUCUUCUCUCUGGACCGAGAGCAGGCCCAGGACGCCAUUAGCCACUUGCUAGAAGGUAUCGCCAACGGGAAGAAGCUGAGCAAAGAUCACGCCCUGGUGGUGCGCCCGAGAUACGUCGAGGUCAAGGAACUGAGUACGGGUCGGCAGCUCACUAAGACGUACCUGCAGGACAUUGCGUACUGUGCGGCCGACGCCAAACGGCCCAAUGUCUUCCUGUACAUCUGCAAACAUCACGGGCAGCAGCUGCAGUGCAGAGUGUUCUGGUGCAGCCGGGCAGAGCGGGCGAAAGACAUGACCGCUUGUCUGGCGCAUUCUUUCCAGCGGGCGCUGAGCGACUGGCAGCAGGACGGCUCGGCCACGCUGCAGCCGGUGGACGUCAAGGGGAAACGAGUAGACGAGUCGUCCAACUCUCCCGCCAACACGAAGAGCUCCACGCUGCCUGCUAGUCUGGGAAAAGUUCGUUGGAAGAAGAGGGGCUCAGUGUCUCGCAGCCCCCUCAGAGCCAUCAGCAGAAGAGGAUCUGCCUCUGACAGCUGGAACUGAACCCCCGACACCACCCACGCAAACGCAGCUUUAUCUCUUCAAAAUACGGGGGCCGCAUUAACCCGAUGACAACCUCAAGGAUGACAGCACUGACGGGAGGGGAGGGAGUGAUUACAAGACAGAAGGAAGAACAAAGGGGGACGUAAACCGGGAGGUGGGGAAAGUCCAUAUUUGGACUCAUGAGGACUUCUGCUUGUGAGAGGAUGUUGCCGUAAUCGGUGAACGCGUGUUGAAGGUUUCUUUUGACGCACCAGAGUUGUCUGUUGACUUUGAGAGUGGUGUCCAAUGUAGGACAGAAUGCUUGUCGACAGCUGCCUUUUGUUCGCCUGUCAACAGCUAUGUGAGGACUUGUGACUGGCUGCAGACCGGACUGGUUCCUUUCCAGGGCUGGCUUAUUUGUUUUUAAGUAGCCCACUUGAUACUUAGGCCACCAAAGAGUUUAGCCUGUCGGAAAGAGACGAUAAAACCCACGAUGAUACCAGCUGUUGGUCAAAUGAUGCACAGAGGACAACUUUAAAAACUGGAACAUUUUUAUUUAACUGACAUUUGUGACAGGUCAUGAUGAUUUUAUAUUAUUUUAUUUAACCCUGUGGCACCAGGCAGCAUGUUUCUCAUCUUUUAUUUUUGAAGUGAAUGGACAAAACCACACUUUAAAUCGACCACGUGAGAGUUUUUUUUUUUUUUAAUGCCAAAUAAAAUCUGCAAGUAACCUCUGAGCACUUUUCUAAAAUGUCCAACUGUAUAAUUUGAUCCAUCAGUUUAAAUCAAGAGUUCAGUAACCUGCAUGGCCCAGCAUUAUGCAUUAUGAAAUGGGCACGACGUGGACUUGAGCAGAACCUUCAACGAAAUCCUCCACUGCAGCAUCCUGCAUUAAACUGAAAAAAAAAAAAAAAAAGGAAACAGAUCCUAACUGUCCUCUUCGAUGAAUUAUUUGCAUUUUUGAGGAAAAAAAAAAUCAACACACCCCCACCAUGACUUGCAGGGUUUGUCCACGUCCGAACACUGGGAACGCUGUGUUCCCAAUGUGGAGCCUCUGUGUGGAAUGUGCGGCCAUGCACCUGCAUUCCAAUUGGGGGAAUUUGAGAUGGGAGAAUCUUUGCCAUGUCCAACCAUGACUUUGCAUAUUGAGCAGCCACACUUGUAUAUGCUACACUGAGCCCCCCCGUGUUCACGGCAAAGCCAUAAAGAAAAAGGUGACUGCUUAAGUUACAGUGACUCUUGUAGGCAUGUGCAGUUAUUGCAUAACGUGCUCUUGUGAUGGCGAUUUCUGUCUUAAGGUUUACAAAUGAGCCUUGAGGAUUAGUGGUACACCUUUUGAGGCUACCAUUCAUUUGUCAUUUUGUGUUUUCUGACCAAAACUAAGCUAGAAGUGUUGCCAUUUUUUAUUUUAAACCAGGAAAGGUGUUUUUUGAAUGAUGUGCCACUAGGUUUUUUAUUUUAACUUUUUGUAUUUAUGGUGUAUCUUUUCAAUUACAAACGGCACAACUCCAGUCUCAGAGACGGGGGUUAAAGU